AUGCGCUCUCCGGUCACCGGAGUCUUGUGGCUCUAUGGGCUCCUUUUGGCGACUACAAUUUCGGGAGUCUGCGGAGAUACAAAACCGAAUUUCAUGAGCGUCCGAAAGAAUAUAACAAAAGAAUAUAAAAGUGAACGUGAGAUACCAAACGAGAAAUACUUUCAUGAAUCAGACUUCGGUCAUCAUUAUGACGGCCGAUACGCCAAUGCCAGUCUCCCAGAUACCCAAGUCAUUUCAUAUCUCUCGGACCUAAUCCAGACAUAUUUCACAACAAUGAACACAAUUGGCGGAGAGACGUGGAUCAUGCAUGGGACUCUCUUGGCCUGGUGGUGGAACCAGAAGCUCUUCCCGUGGGACGACGAUCUGGACGUGCAGAUCUCGGAGCCAACGAUUCAUUUCUUGGCAGAAUACUAUAACAUGACCGAGCAUCAUUUUGACCUCCCCAACGUCGAUGGUGGCCGUACAUACAUGCUCGAGGUCAAUCCCAAUUAUAUCGUCAAAUCGGAGAGAGACACUUUGAAUAAGAUUGAUGCCCGCUGGAUUGAUAUGUCGUCCGGCCUUUUCAUUGAUAUCACUGCUGUCCGCAAGGAUGAGGCUAAGCGGUUGAAUGGCCGUCCGGAAGCGUUAAUGUGCAAGGAUAAGCAUAACUAUGACGAGAGUGACAUUUUCCCACUGCGUGACAGUUUCUUCGAGGGUGUUCCGGUCAAAGUUCCAUAUGCUUAUACAUAUAUUCUCGAAGAAGAAUAUGGCCCAGUGGCACUCACCCGAACAAGAUUUUAUGGGCAAUUACAUCUUCAAUGA